UUAUGAUGUACUCUUUAGCUACAGCUGAGAUAUUUUGUGAUCUUAUUUUCCUAUUUAGGUCAAAAUUUCAGCUGUUAUGCUCAGUUUCUUUUGAUUUUAAUCUUAACAGUCACACUUCUUCAGACCUUGCUGUUACAUAACAUUUUGGCUUUCACAUUACAUAGACAAUGAAAAUCCCGCUGCCACGUGCUGAAGAGAUAAUUGGCGAGAGGGGAGAAAACAUUGAAUUUGUCCGAUCUGUUAGUGGAGCAGUUGUGAUUCUUGAGGAAAUUGGAGAUUAUUCAGAAGAGGUUCUAAUUGUGAUCAAAGGCAGUCCUUCGCAAGUUCAAACUGCACAUCAACGUUUACAGGAGGCUCUUUCAGGCAACAGGGAGCCGCCGCGGCCACCCAGGAUCUGUUACCGCGGCGCCGAAGCUGGCCCACGGCUGCCGAGCACCCCUCAUGCUGGUGUGAUGCUGCUGAACUCCCCGCACGCUGGGCCGAGGUGGCUGCACUCCCCCCUACCACAUGCCGUUACAGCAAGCCAGGACUACCUGCCAUGGCACCACGAAGAUGAACCGCCCCGUGGCCACCGGAGAUACCCUACCCACCAAGAUCACAGUGGCUACUACGGGCCGUAGCAAGGCGAGAUUAGGGCUGUGCUCCCUGACGCCUAGUGUCUAGAGUAUGCUCACCUGACCAAGAAGCUAGCUAGUUAAUAUGUAUGUCCAGUAUAGAGAAGUAUUAGCCCCUAUAUAUACUUGCUACACUAACUUAAUCUCCGCAAUGUGACAGUAUAUGAUUAACUGAGGAAAGAACCUAGGAUCCGCAUGUUUUUAUGCUUGCUUCAUAUAGAUUUUAUGCUUGCUUCAUAUAGACGGGUUGGACAGCCAAGCACAUGUGCAGUAGAUGUUUGUAACACUUGUUAUCUGAACCUCUAGCGUUUCUACUGGUAUAAAUUGAAAAGAUGAUGCUGUUAUGCAUGA